CGGGGCUCGGACUCGACGCCCAGAAAACGAAUGCGGCAGGUAAUAUUCGCGCGCACAUGCUCGGCGCAUAACGCGCGAGCGGGUCGGAUACUCCGCUCCGCCUCGCGCUAUAAAGCCCGGGAGGGCGCGGGGGUGGCUCAAUCCACAUCCAGCCUCGCCGCCAUCUGCGACCGCGCCGGGCUUCCUUUCUUCUUUCCGUCCGCGAGCCACCCGCCACCGCCAGAACGCUAACGCUUCGGACACCAUGCUGUCCGUCACGCACGUCGUCGCGCCCGUCAGCGUCGCCGCAUUCGCCUUCGUCCUCCUCCGCGUCGCCUUCUCGUGGUGGGUGCACGGCGCGAAGCACCGCGCUGAACGUGCUCGGCUCCCGCCCGGGCCCAGGGCGAUCCCCUUCCUCGGGAACGUCCACCAGCUGCCCAUGGACUACCAGGAGAGGACGUUCGCCGAGUGGGCGAAGCAGUACGGUGAUGUCGUGUACGCGAAGCUGUUCCAGCGCCCGGUGCUGGUGCUCAGCUCGCUCCGCGCGGCGCAGGAUCUGCUUGAGAAGAAGAGCAGCAAGUACUCGGACAGACCGCGUCUCAUCCUUCUCGCCGAGCUCAUGGGCUGGGACAACGUCAUCACGCACCUGCCCUACGGCGACCGUUUUCGCAAGCAUCGCCGGUGGAUGCACGACAACUUCCAGUCGAAGGCCGCCCUGCUCGGCUACCGUCCGGUCCAACGCCGGGAAACGUACACCAUGCUCGCCGGUCUGCUUGAGUCGCCGGUCGAGUUCAUAGAGCACGUUCAUAGAUGGGCGGUCGGGACGAUCAUGGAAAUCACGUACGGGCACCGGAUACACUCGAUGCAGGACGAGUACGUGAAGCUAGCCCGGGACGCGACCGUCGAGACUGUCAUUGCCGGCAGCCCCGGCUCAAUGCUUGUCGACUUUUUCCCGAUAUUGAAGGAGAUCCCCGUCUGGGCCCCAGGCGCCGGCUUCAAGCGCAACGCGUUCAGGGUCCGCGGCCUGGUGCGCGCACUCAUGGACAUGCCCUACAACAUGGUCAAGACCGCCCUGGCGAGUGGGAAUGCGCGGCCGUGUUUCACGGCGAGCCUUCUCGAAGAUGUCUACGCACGGAAUGGAAUCACACCCGAAGAAGAGGAGGACAUUAAAGGUGCCGCAGGCGUCAUCUACGCUGCGGGGACGGACACGACCAUAACGGUCAUGUCCACGUUCUUCCUCGCGAUGGUGCUCCACCCCGAGGCGUUCAAGAAGGCGCAGCAGGAGCUCGACGUCGUCAUCGGUCGUUCGAGACUGCCGGACGACACAGAUAGAGAGAACCUGCCCUAUUUGGAGUGCUUGUUGAAGGAAGUCUACCGUUGGCAAUGCCCCGUCCCGCUUGCGAUCCCACACAACCUCAUGGAAGACGAUGAAUACCGGGGCUACCACAUUGCGGCUAACACGAUGGUUAUCCCGAAUAUCUGGCAAAUGACCCAGGAUUCUAGUGUGUAUCCCGAACCGCAGAAGUUCCGGCCAGAGCGCUGGCAAGAGAUGGACCCGCAGACAGCCGACCUCGCCAACCCGCGACGGAUUGUGUUCGGAUUCGGCCGACGGGUCUGCCCGGGGCGCGACUUCGCCGACGCAGGUGUGUGGCUCGCGAUAGCAAGCGUCAUUGCGCUCUUCGACAUCGGCAAGAGCAUCGACGCCUGGGGAAACGAGAUCACGCCCCCGCCCGAGUUCGUCUCCGGCUUCGUCAGCCACCCGAAGCCAUUCGUGUGUGCGAUCCGGCCGCGCGCUGGGAAUGCCGCGGACAUCAUCGCACAGGCGCGCGCCGCGCUCCCGAUUUGAGUCUCGCUGCCGUUGCCUCCGCACAUCGUGCACCCUCCGUCUUCCGCCCUUUGCGAGCUGCGUCUCAGUCUGUCACUGCGUUCGCGUCCCACUGUAUACCAGGCGCCUCUGCGCUCCACCUCCCACUUUCGUUCUCAACACCCAACCUGCAUUCUACCGGAUUUGCCGCGACACCUUUUGCCUGUACACUAUCAGCACGGACUCCAGCGAGACGCCUGUAUCGUCGCUUUCGU